UGUUGGUGUUCCUCAGCAAACAGCAUCUUCUAAAACAGUUCAAUCAAAUGUAAAUACCUUUCCAAAAAAAUCAAGGAAUUGGAUUGGAAAGAUAGGCAGCGAAUGUGUAAUCAAAAUCUCUAAUUGAAGGAACCUGCACAUCUCACCAAAUAAUCAAGAGAGCACAGAGUCGUGGAUGGAGGCUUCGACUGAACCAGGUUAAAAUCGUUGCUCUUUCGUUUUUCUCUCCUUCCGUCUUGCGUUUACCAAAUCGAACCAAAAUUGAGGUGAAGGACAACAACAGGACCAUCAUAGUGUUCGAAUAGUCCACCAAAAUUGACCCUGACUUUAUGCCGUCGGAUUUGAUUUGUUUAAAGAAGAGGAAGAAAGGGAUUACGUGAAUCCACAACUUAGAAGGCACGUCGAAAUUAUAAAAUACUUUUCAUCAUAAAGAAAAAGAAUAAUUUCAUGGUAUGCCAUGGCGGCUUCCGCCAUUAAUUAAGAGCCCUUGUUCCACCCAAAGAGAAGCUUCCUCGAUAUCCCUUGUCGAUCUCCUGCCUUGUUCCUGCUUGUUGGUUGAGGAGGAGUGACGAUUUUCUGUGUCCACUGUCGUGAUCGUUACUAAUAUUCUGUGUGGAGGCGGUGUUGCUGACCACGGAAAGCUUGCUUAAUUUUACCAUCUUCUUUCUUGGUUCUCCAAGCUAAGAUCAAGAAAAUGGUGAUCUUUGCAGCUUUAUUCAUAUUACUCUUCAUCACCGUUCUCUUUGGUCAUAACUUCCUUCCGCGAAUCAAGGAUUUCUUGCAGGCUGAAGGAAUUUUCUCGCCAACCAAAAAUGUUGAUGGAGGAAUUAGAGGAAGCAACACAGAGGCAUGGGAAGAGGUACUAGAGACAUUAACACCUUCACCGUCUUCUGAUGGAUCUGAGUUUGAAGUGUUUCUUAGCUUCAGAGGCGAAGACACCCGAAAGCGUUUCAUUGGGCAUCUUUAUGAAGGCCUCGAGGAUCAUAGUAUUCCCACCUUCAUUGAUAGCGAGAAGUUGAAAAAGGGGGAGGGGAUCGACAAGCUGUUGAAAUACAUAAAGAGGUCUAAGAUCUUUGUCCCCAUCUUCUCCAAACGCUUUGCAGAAUCGAAAUGGUGUUUGAAGGAGGUGACCAAAAGUGUGGAGUGCGGGAAGGAGAUAAUUCCGGUGUUCUUUGGCGUGGAACCUUCCGAUGUCCGCAACCAGAGCGGCCCCUUCAAAUCCGCGUUUAAGGUUCAUCAGUCCAACAAGAAGCAGGACCAAGAGGAGGUGAAGAAAUGGAGGGAAGCAUUGAAGAAAGUUGGAAAUCUCUCCGGCUUCACUCUCAAGGACAUGAAUGGGGAUGAGGCAAAGUUAAAGCGUGCAGUCAUUGAGAGAGUGUCAGCCAGACUAAACAAGAAGCCAUUCGAAGUCGCAAAGCAUCCAAUCGGGAUUGAAACUCGUGUUCAUGAUGUGAAGAAAAUGUUGGAGAAUGGAAGCAAUAAUAAUGGUGUUCAUGUGGUUGGCAUCCAUGGUAUGGGGGGUCUUGGAAAAACAACGAUUGCCAAGGCUGUUUACAAUGACCUAGUCGAAGGGUUCAAUGGUGCCACUUGUUUUAUUUCAAAUGUUAGAGAAAAUGCUGGACAACCCAAUGGAAUGGUCAACUUACAAAAACAGUUCAUUGGAGACGUCUUAAAAGAAAAAAAUACAUCCUUAGGUGAUGUUGCACAAGGAAAAGUUGUGAUCAAAGAUAGGGCCAGUUGUAAAAGGGUUCUGCUUAUUUUAGAUGACGUUGAUUGCAGAGAACAACUUGAUGCAUUGGCUGGUGGGAGAGAUUGGUUUGGCUUAGGAAGCGUUAUCAUAGUCACAACUAGAGAUGAGGAGGUACUUCUAGCCUACAACGUGAAACAAGAUGAAAUUUACAAGCCACAAGAACUGAAUGAAGAUCAGUCACGAGAGCUAUUCAUGCUUCAUGCAUUUAAUGGUGAACAACCACAAGGAGAGUAUGCUCAGUUAUCAAACGAAGUUGUUGCAGCAGCUGGUGGGCUGCCCUUAACCCUCGAAGUUAUCGGAUCACUUUUGUCUUCUAAAAAGAAUGUACAAGAGUGGAAAGAUACAUUAGAGAAGCUGAAAAGGAUCCCCCCCUGCAAAGUCCAACAAAGAUUGAAGCUAAGCUAUGACAGUUUAGAUAACUUAGAGAAGAAAAUAUUUCUAGAUAUUUCAUGUUUUCUUAUCGGUAAGAACAGGGAAAAUGCUACUUAUAUGUGGGAGGGUUGUGACUGGUUCCCAAAUGCAGCAGUUAGGAUACUUGAACAAAGGUCUCUCGUUAAGAUAGAUGGGAAAUAUGAAAAGUUCAAGAUGCAUGAUCAAAUACGAGACAUGGGGAGAGCCAUAGUUGAUGAAGAAUGCUCUCAAAAGCUUCAGAAGAAGAGUAGACUGUGGAAUAAGCAAGACUCCUGGGAUUUACUUCGAAGAAAGGGACCAGGUACUAUUGAUGCUGAAGGGAUUCAGAUACUGCAAAAGGACAAACGGUUCAAUGAGAAUGAUUGUAAAGUUAGUGCCGAAUGCUUUGGAAACAUGCCCAACCUAAGAUAUCUUCAAGCUGAAAAUGUCAACUUCCAAGGCACGUUUCCAUGUUUUCCUACAGAUUUGAAAUGGUUGGAAUUGAGCAGUUGCCACUUUGACUCCCUGCCAUCUGAUUUUAAUCUCGAGAAGCUUGUCAUCCUUGAUCUCUGUGAAACCAACAUGACUCCAAUUCUUAUAAACCAACAGUCACUGAGAUUAAAGGCCUUUGAAAGAUUGAAAGUUCUGUCACUUUGUGGAGUGGAAACAAAGAUUGCCCUUCAUUUCAUGAAUAUGCCUAGCUUGGUGAAAUUGCAGUUUCUAGUUUGCUCAGGAUUAAGUACAAUUGAUGAAUCAAUCGGGAAACUCAAGAACUUGACACAUUUAAGCACUUUCAGCUGUAGGCUUCUACAAAAACUACCAGAUUCAAUAUGGCGAUUGAGUUCACUUGAGGUCCUUAAUAUUUCUGGUUGUUUCAAUGUUUCCUCUUUGCCAGAGCGAUUGGGAGAUUUGGGAUCACUCAAGAAGCUUGAUCUCAGACACACAUGUAUAAAGAAGCUACCUGAUUCCAUUUGCCGGUUAAGUUCUAUUGAAAAGCUUCGUUUGCAAUUGUGCUUGGAACUUUUUUCUAUACCAGAAGGCUUAGGGGACAUGGAGUCAUUAAAGAAGAUUAACCUUUCUAUGACAUGCAUUGAGGUCAUACCUGAUUCUAUUGGACAGCUUACCGACCUUGUUGAGCUAUCUUUAUGUAACUUAGAGAGCUUGGAUAACUUACCUGAUUCCAUUUGCCAGCUAAACUCAUUGAAAUCGCUUAACCUUAGAGGGUGUCUUUCUUUGUGCUCUUUGCCAGAAAGACUAGGGGACAUGGAGAAACUAGAGGAGCUUAUUCUUGACGAUACCAGAAUAGAGAUCAUACCUGAUUCAGUUGGACAGCUCAAAAGCCUUCGCCUGCUAUCUUUGCAAGGUUGCAAGCUCCUAAAAGCAUUACCUAUUUCCAUAAGACAAUUGAGCUCCAUACAACAGCUGAAACUGUCUGGAACCAGUUUAAAGAGCUUUGAGAACGACCUUCCACAUCUUGCAGCAGUUAAUAUUAUUGAAUUUACAGGUUCAUCUUUGGAGUUGCUUGGCUUGUGCGACCAAAUUCACAAAGCCUUAGAAAUUCUUCACUUGAACGAUGCUAUAAUUGAAGAGUUGCCUGAUUGUGUUGGAAGGAUGGAAAACCUCAAGGAGCUGCGGCUAGAAUGUGAAAUACUGAAAAAAUUGCCUAAUCGGAUUGAGGGGUACUUGGAAAAUCUUACUAAAUUGGAGGUUAGGAGCAUGCAUCUAAAAGCUCUGCCUGACUCCUUUGGGUCAUUGAAACACAUUUGGAGAUUAACAUUAAAGUGCCCAAACCUCGAGAUUCUACCAGUUUCUACUGGAGAAUUAAAAAGUCUUGCAUUUUUUGAAGUGAACUCCCAUCGCCUCAAAUAUUUGCCCAAUUCUAUUGGGUUGUUGAAACACAUUUACCAGUUAGAAUUAAAGUGCCCAAACCUCGAAAUUCUACCAGAUUCUAUCGGAGAAUUAGAAAGUCUUACACACUUUGAAGUGGAUUCCCAUCGCCUUAAAUGUUUUCCCAAUUCUAUUGGCUCUCUAACAAGGAUUUGGUUCUUGAUAAUAAACUGCAAGAACCUUGAAGAUUUGCCUAACUCUAUGAUUACAAAGUCUUGAGAUUUUACAUUUACAGUGCGUCAAUAUUACAGCUCCACCUGAUUUCAUUGGACGAUUGGAAAAUCUUGUAACCUUCUUGUUCAACAGCAAAAAAUUAAAAUACUUGGAUGCCACCAUUUUUGAGCCUUUGCGAAGACUUGGUCGUCUAUCGCUAAGUGGCUGUGAGAACCUGGAAUGUAUGAUAGCAGCCUCUAUUCGACAAACAGGUUUGGCUCACCUCACAUCCUUAAAGUCACUGGAUUUGAAAGACUGCGAGGGGCGUGAGUUCCUUCCUCAGCUUCCCUCUUCUCUACGCUCGCUCGAUGCUUCUGGUUGCACCAAUUUGAGAAAAAUGUCUGAUAUUUCAAAUCUUAAAAAAUUGAAGAAGUUGUGUUUGGGUGGUUGUAAGCAGCUUGAAGAUGUUCCUGGCCUCGAAAAUAUUUCAAGCAACUUGGAAGUGCUAGAACUGCCUGGCCCUUGCGAUUUCAUGGAGUGUUGCCACUUCAGUCAUGAUUUCAAAAACAAAGUGUUCAAGGAGAUGACUUUUGAAAACUUGGAAAGUUUGAAGAUAUCAGGGUCUUUAGUGCCAGGGUCAGCAAAAGGACAACAGCAGCUGCAAUUUAUACUCCCGAGGUUGCCUUUUAGUUGGUUGAGAAGCAAACGGCUGAAGUUGCGCCUGGACAAGGUGCUCUCACCCAUCUGCAUAGCAAUCAUUGCCGAUGACGUUACUGUGUUUGAGAAAAUAAUUGCAGAAGUCGACGGUGAUAAAGUCGAAUUGAACUUGGGAGAAGAGAGCAUUGUGAACACAAGGGAGGGAGCACAUUGCUAUACAAUGCAAGUGACAAUGGAUAUGUCCCAACUGCAAAAUGUAUUUGUAACUCUUGCGAAGAAUCAUUACUCUGACUUGUACUGGUAGUGGUAGUAGCUAUCACAUCCAGGAAAAUGGAUGGUGCUUGCACUUAGAAGAGGCCAGUUCUUCCCAAGGGAAGCACUCUGCAUGAUCAUUAUCAUAACAUGUCAAAUAUUGUGCAUCCAGGUCAGGUUGGAGCCAUAAAAUUUUUCUCAUAAGAUACUAAAUAUAUAGUUAACA